AUGACCCAAUUCCGCUACCUACCUCAUAAUCAGCAGGGGUUCGAUCCUUCAUUUUUUGGACCACCCCCAAGCAUUAACCAUUCCCCGCGGCAUAAGCAGACUGAUGAGAUGAUAAAGGCUCUCAUGCAGUCUCAAAUAAGCUUCAUUGAGCAAAACAAACAGACAAUUGUCAAUGCUGCAUGUAUUCAUUAUGUGGGCUAUUCUUCUGGCCCGAGCAAUUUGAAUCCAAGUCUGGAAGAGGCUAAGGCGAUCACCACUCUCAGAAGUGGGAAAGUGAUCGACAAGGACUUACCUCCCAAGCAAAAAUUGGUGCUAACCCCAGCGCCGGUAGCUACACCAGCAAUCGUCUCAGACUUGGGAAGUGUUCCCGAGGACGAGAAAGAGGCGGAGUCUCCUGAAGUGGUGGUGCCUGCUCAUGCAGCCCCCACGACUCCAAUGCCAUCCCUUGCUCUAUAUCCAAAUCACUUGGUGGCGAGACCUAAAGCCAAUAGGACUAAAAGUCAAGACAAAGUGCUCCUGACGGAGCAGGUGAGCUCCAUUCUCCGGGCUGAUAUCCUAAUUAAGAGUAAAGACCUUGGUUGUCCCACCUUCCCUAUUGCUAUCGCAAGCCAGGAGUUCGAUAAGGCAUUGCUGGAUUUAGGAACAACUGUCAACUUACUCCCAUAUUCGGUGUACUUGAAGCUUGGCUUAGGCGAUCUGAGAGCCACACCGGUCACGCUACAGUUGGCUGACCGGAGUGUAAGAAUUCCAAACGGGUUAGUGGAGGAUGUUCUGAUUCAGGUGGGCGAGUUCUUUUUUCCAGUCGACUUCAUUGUCCUGGACAUAUGCCCGAUACCGGAGGUCUUUGAGAAGACUUCAUCAUCCUUGGCCGUCCUUUCCUAG